AUGGGCAACUGUCUGUCUCGGUUUGCGAAGCAAAAGACGACACCAAGACUCCUAGCCCUUUCCCGCAAAAUCCGAAACUCCAUCUACUCCCACAUCCCCCGUGAUCUGAACAUCGAAUGGCUCUGGGACACCCAGGGAACCACCGGCACCAACGAUCCCAUCUACGACGUCAUCCAAGUAACCUUCUACAACGCGCCUGAGCCCGGCGUACUAGCAGCAUGUACCCGUCUACACGAGGAGAUGCUGGAGCAAGACCAAUUACACAGCAAAGAGCUAUCCGUCUCCAUCACCAUGCUGAACCGAGCGACAAUACCAGGGUCAACAGAAGAGGUAGAAGAGAUGCAGCAGAAGCAACACGAAGCCACCCGCGCACGCAUCAAAACCGGCUUCCGCAAAGUCCUCCACGCCACCAUCUGCAUACGCGACAUAACCCCCAUCCCGCCCUGGGGCCCAAGCAGAUACAAACACUUCCCCUUGCGCUUUGCCAUUCCUCUGUUGUGA